AUGGAUCUUGAUAACUUACCACCUCUUACUCGAUUGCCUACCACAUUCUUCCCUUCUCCCUCAAAGACUUUUGAUGGCCAAGAGUCUCGAGUUGUUGCUAUUGCUUAUGACUAUUCAAACUAUGGAGAUGCCAUGAUAGCAAAAUCAAUUCAUAGUGACCUGCUUCGUCCCAAUGAUGAUAUCCGUAUCCUCUACGUUAUGAACCAAAACGAUUACCAUAAUCUAUUCACACCUAUGCUUACAGUCUACGGCACAAAUGCAAAUUAUGAUGAUUCUCAAGAUGCUUACUUGAGAAAUGCAGUAGACACAUUCAUGUGGGAAAUCGUCACUGUGUUAAACAAGCGUGGUUUUCACAAUGUAUCUUCAGAAAUUUUGAGAGGCGAUCCAAAGGAAGUCAUCGUCGACUAUUGUCGUGCGGUAAAGCCUGUUUAUCUGCUGACAGGAACUCGUGGUCUUGGUGCUGUUAAAAGGGCUGUUCUAGGAUCUGUUUCCAACUACUUAGUAAAGCAUUGCCCUUGUCCUGUGCUAGUGAUUAAACUCAGUUGUAAAGAAAUAGAAGCGCGUAAAGAACUGAAUCGCAAAAAGCAAGAUACCUUCACAGAAGUUUUAGCUAAAUUUGAUUAUCCUCAGCCUAUUUAAGCUUUAAUACCAUAUUUUUAUAUUCAUAGAACUAUGUAUCAUUUUAUCCUUAAUCUUUAAGCCCUAAUAUACUAAAAUGAUACAGACAUUCAAAAUGAGUAAUUUUAUGAAAAACAUUGCGAGUCUGCUCUAUAUUAUUGCUACUUUUUUAUUAUUUUACUGAGGGAGAACACAGUAGAGCAAUUUCGAAUACUAUAAUUUUGGAAACUGGUAGAAAGACUUUGAUAGUUUGUUGGAGCCUGAUUUGCAAAAGUACAUACACUGGGAUUCGUUGAGUAAACAUUUGAUUAAAGGAUAUGGUUUUAUUUGAAAGGAAAGGCAUUCAAGAAAAGAGAAACAUAAAACACCAACCACAGCAACCAUACCAGCAACACAGACAAACACAACACUACUGCAUCGUCGAUACACCAUCGUCCUUCUUCUUCACCCCGGAGAGCAAAAAUGAUAGCUCCUCCGGGGUCAUCUUUCUCUUCUGUUUGUU